AUGAGAUCUGCCUCGAGUGGUAGCGGUUGGAAAGUGAUUGUUAGGUGUGGGUUGCACAAUCAUAAACUAUCUAAGGAUUUAGAAGCCCGUGACAUAUUAGGUCAUCUAAAAGUUCAUGAAAAACAUUUUGUGAAUGACAUAACGAAGUACAACAUGACUACACGGUACAUAGUUGCUGCUUUGAAAGACAAAGAUCCAGAAAACCUCACCAAUGUUACCCAGAUGUACGGGCUACCACUGCUUGAGAUUGUUGGUGUUAAGUCAACAAAAUUGACGUUUUCGGUGGGCUUUUCCUAUUUGGAACAUGAAAGGGAGGAGAAAUUCAAAUGGGCACUAAAGAAACUCAAAGAGUUGUUCUCUUCCAAGAAAUUCCUACCGAAGGUUAUGGUGACAGACCAGGAGCUUGCAUUGAUGAAUGUCAUGGAAGUUAUGUUUCCAAAUUUAACUCAUAUGUUGUGCUUGUUCCAUAUUUCAAAAAACGUUAGCAUGAAAUGUAAAGAGUAUGUUAAAUCAGAAAGACAUGAACAUGACAUGGAUCUAUGGAACAACAUCAUGUAUGCUAAUAGAAAAACUGAGUUUGUCGCACACUUGAAGCACUUUGAGACUGUUUGUGCUGAUAUUCCUUUGUUUGUUAAGUAUGUGAGUGAAACAUGGUUGAGACCUUAUAAAGAAAGGAUGAAGUGUGCUAAAUGGAGGCUAAAAAACAUAUUGACUACAAGCCAGGAAGAUUUAUACCAAAGUUGGGAUACUAUGAACAUCAUGUUUAAGUUGCAGCUAGGUUCAAUCAAGUGUAUACAACACAUUGGAAAGGAACAAGAAAGGGUCAAAUUUAUUGGUGUAAGCAAAUAUGCUUAUGGUUGCUUUAUUAGAACAACACACGGGUUACCCUAUGCAUGUCAACUUGCUGGUUUUCAAAUACAAGGAAAUCAUGUUCCUUUAGAUCUAAUUCAUGUUUUUUGGAAGAAAUUACACAUUGAAGAGCAUGAUGUCGGUCAUAAAGCAAAUGGUACAGAGUUGGAUCUAGAAGCAGAGUGUGAAGAGCUAGAUACAUAUUUCAAUACUUUGGAUAUUAUAGGAAAAAGGGUGUUGAGGAAAAAGGUUCGGGAUCUAACAUAUUCAUCCACAACUUCUAUGUGUCCACCUCCGGUGAAGUACAAACCAAAGAGGGGAGUUAAGAAGAGCGCUAUUACAGAUUUACUUGGAUGGGGUGAAGGGUCAUGGUCAUUGGUUCAGACGCAGUUAGAUACUCAAGUUCAUCAACACCCUAAAUUGUUUUCCAAUUUGUUCUAUGAAACGAUCUCUGAAGUUAUGAAUGCCUUACGAGUAUAA